AUGUUCUCUACACAACAUAGAGGCAACUCCAUCCAAUUACGCACACAACUUUUGACUACAAAGAAAGGCGAAUUGAAUGCUUCGGAAUACUACCUGAAGAUGACAAGCCUUGUAGAUACCAUGACAAAUAUUGGUCAUCCCAUGCUUGAUGAAGAAGUAAUCGGCUACAUCUUAGCCGGCCUAGGACCAUGCCACGAUGAUCUCUUCACCGCCAUCAUCGUUCUGAGUAAUCAAGACACAAUAACUUUACCUGAGUUAUAUUCCUAUCUAAUUGCUCAUGAGGCACAAUCCAGUGCAUUGAAUAAUGUGACAGAAAUCACAGCUUCCGCUAACCAGGCUACACGUCAAGAUUCAAACUCUUCCCGUCGUAAUCAAGAUAAGAACUCCUCUCACAACUACCAACGUAACAGUAAUCGUGGUGGAGGUGGUAGCUGCGAUCGGGGUCGUGGUCUGGGCAGAAGCAAUGGUGGUCCUCGAUGUCAAGUGUGUGGCAUACGUGAUCACAUAACAUUAAAUUGCAUAAAGUGA